GUUUUUGUUGCAUCAGCAGGUAGCGAGCGAGGAGCGAACGAGCGAGCGCAUAAAAGUACCUCACAAAAAGAAAAAAACCCGUCAGGCUCGUCUCUCGCUGGCGUUAGUUGUAGUAGAAGAGUAUGUCCAGCACAGCUGCCAACCGCAUGAAUUUGGCCGCGCUACAAAGAGUAGAUUCUGCGGUCACCGAAAUUCUGGACAACGCGAGCCAAGUGGCCCUGUACAAGUUUUCGGCAGCGACCAACGGUUGGGAAAAAACGGAAAUUGAAGGAGCGUUGUUCGUAUUUAGUUGGUCAAAGACUCCUCGCCAUGGCUUCAUUGUUAUGAACCGUCUGAGCACGACAAACCUGCUAGAGGUCAUCACGCCAGACUCUGAGUUCCAAGUGCAGGCGCCGUACCUCCUUUACAGAAACUCCAACUCCGGCAUUUCCUGCAUCUGGUUCUACGACACGAAGGAGUGCGAGAGGAUUGGAAACGUCUGCAAAAGCCUGAAGAGAGGAAUGGCGGCCAAGUCGAACUACAGGCAGCGCUGCGCUUCGGAGAGCGACAGUAACCACCGUAACCACGGCAACGCAGCGGCCGGGGGUCAGAACGGGGCCACGAGGGACAUUGUGGCACUGCUCGCCAAGGCCAAGGACCAGUACGAUAUGAAAAACGCGGGGGUACAGAACGGAUGCAGCGUCGGCAACCCCAAGGGCAGCAAUGGAGGGGGCCGUGCUCGCGGCGGCCGGCGUAAUGGCGCCACUUCGUCGCCCCCUGCGCGGAACAACCCCCACCCCAACAACAAGGUGAACAACGCCAAGAACAACGUCGCCGCAAACGGCAGCCUCAACACCAAGAACGACGUGCUGUUCAAGCCAACGCCUCUACGGAACAACGGCGUCGUGGCGGCAGCGGUUCCGCCGAACGUGGUGGAGUCUCCGUCGACGCCGCUCACCGUGGCGACGUUGUUUGCGGCAGUGUCCGGGGGUCGCGCGAGCGUGUCUCCACUGCCUGCUGAAGGAAAGGACGUCUGCAACGGAGGCAGCGGAGGAGGUGGAGGCGGUCGUGAGGUGCUUCAGGAACUGCUCUCGAAUCCAGCUAACCUGCUGGAGCACGUCGAGAGGAUGCAGAGAAACGAGGGAGGAGCCAGCAGCGGGGGACAGGCGUCGCCGCCGGCAGACGCCUCGCCACGUCACCGCGCCGCGUCGUGCGUGGCGACCCUGUCCGCCUGGGAGGCGACGGACGACCUCCGCCAGAAGCUCCGCCUGGCACCGCAGAGCAACCACGGCUCGGGGGAGCCAACCGGCGCAGGGCCCGCCACCGCGCCGCAGCGGGGGAGCGGUGGGCUACCCAACCGGUCGCCGCCACCCGCCACGGGCGGGGAAAUGAACGCGGGAGAGAUGUUCCAGUCGCCUGCGGCGUGCGACAUUCCCCUCCUGUCGCCUAUGGCCUUCACCCGAUCGACCAGCCUCAUCGCUUCGUCGCCACCAAGCUCAAACUCUUUCAGUGCCAGUGGCUCCCCCUACAUGAACGGUCACGUGACGGAAGCCCUGAUACCUCCCCACGCGCUCUCGGGAGGCCGCCGCCCAAACUCCUCAUCCGUGACGCCUCUGACCAAGGAGCAGUUCCGGGACGCCCUCAUCUUCAUGCUGCAGACGGACAACGACUUCCUGGUGAAGAUCCACGAAGCCUACCUGGGCAGCCUCAAGUCGCACUUCAGCGUCGACGUCAACAGCAUCCUCGGCGCGCUUGGGCGCCUGUGACGCCACGCAGGUGACUGCGAGGGCGCCCUGCCCGUGGCGUCCCCCCGCUGCUUCGGCGUCGUUUAGUCCUCCUAUCCCCUCUCGCGUCGUGGGUGCGUCGUCGUCGUCGUUGUUUCUGCCUCUCGUCAUCCUUGCCGUGUGUUGAACGGUGUCGCCGUACACGGAAAAUGAUUGCUGUUCUGUUUUUUGUGUUUUUUUUUACAAGGUUUUUGUUUGACUUUGAAACUGUGGGGGAGGUGUGACCUCGAAGACUCCUGCCGGCUUCGGGCCUUCGAACCUGCGCGGUCGCCGUGUGAUAUCGACCUUCGCUCUUUCGACCUCGGCGCGACGGCGGUCAAUCUGGGGCUUCGACCUUGGGCACGACCUUCAUUUGACCUUGGCACUGUGGUCUACCCCGCACCCGAUUUCUCGACGACGGUACGUCGGUCUAAAAAAUAGUUUGCACACUUGCGUUUGACUACGACCGGCUGCGCCACGACCGAUUUUUAUUAAGCCUCUCGCGACGGCUUGCACCGGCUGCGCAGCAACGUGGUCGGUCGUAAGCGGCCACAACUGGCUUAAAAACCGGUUUCUAGCUCCCCCGGUCGUAAGCAGCCCCAAGUGUGCGAACCCGCCUCAGGGCGUCGUUUCGAGUUCGAAGGAGGGUACGGUUGGCUUGGGGUCCGAGGGCAGAAAAACGAAAUACUCGGGAUUUAUUCGCACAGACUCUGGUCUCUGCGCGCGUCGGUUUCGGUGUGGGGUUGACCUUGUUUCGAAGCUGGAAUUUGCCCAGUAUAAUGAGACCAACCCCACACCGCGAAGCCGUCGGCGUUGGGGUACCCGUCGCCGUGGGUCAACGGGUUGUUUCGUCGUCUGCUUUCGCCAGACCGCGGCUUUGUUUCAGGAGCCCGGGCCUACACAUGUUUGUUACGUUUGUAAAUAUUUGUUCCGGGACUGGGCACGGAGCCGUACUCGUGUUUGGUUUUAGCAAUUUCUUGUGUUCAAACUUGUCGAUGUAUGAUGUCGCGAUACCGUCUGGUGGUGUAAUGAUCCAGGGUAACCGAAGGCGGGAGCCAUUUUCAAUGGGAGGGGUGGGGAGGGGGGAUGAUAAAUCACUCGAAGGAUCUACAAAUAUGUAAGGUGUACGAAACGUAGAGGUGUAUAACACUCCAAGGCGUGCAACACUGGGCGGUGUGUAGGACAUCUAUGUGUACAGUGUACUUGAAAGGCAGAAUAUAACGAAAGAUGCGCGCCGAAGGGGUUUAGUAUAAAGAGCAAUCAUCUGGUGGCGCACGGCACUUGAAGCCGUUCGGCACUCCAGUACGUAGACCACCCGACGGUAUACAAUACUCGGAGGCGGACUACGCUGGAAUGUGCACAACACUGGAUGGUGUACGCCGUUAAAAGGCAUAUUGCUCUUUGAUUGCUCACGGUACUUGGGGGACAUUUAGGGCGGGCUUGAGCGAAAGAUGCGCCGCGUGUCUGAGAUCCGACUCUGCGGUCCCGUGGCUCCCGCCUUUUGUUUUCUCAGCCUGUUUUUGUCCGGUCUCUCUGCACGGACCGCUGAGAAUCGUAACUUCUGGGUGAGAGAGAGGAGGCUGGCAAGACAGUUCUUGUCAGAUGCGAACGUAAGGUGGUGGGCAGCUACUUAACGAAGCUGUGCGUUGUAGCCCGUGUUAAAGACCUGCCAGCAGUUUGACGUCAAUGUUAAAGACCUGCGCUGCCAGCAGUUUGAGUCUUGGGCGCGUCAAAGGUUGAUUACAAGUGCACCGUGACUUUCUGAUAUACAGUAGGCACGGAGAAUGACGGGCCGUUGCGUUCACUUUGACCGAUCGAGAAAGGUUUCGUGCGUAUAGACGAUCUGCUGUUCCUCCGAGUCUUGUGUGCGUUAGAUCUGGUGUUAAUAUUGUGGGCUGGUUUCUGUCCGGUUUGGAUUGUAUUGUGCAGACACCAGCAGUCGGAACGUUUAGCGCAACUCCAACGCACUUUAACGUUUGAGGCUUUAGAAUGGUCCGGAGACGGCAGACGAAGAAUCGCAUUUCUUUUUCUGAGAAUCUGCCUCUUGAAGGCGUCGUCGUGAUUAGCGGAGUUCGCUUUUAUUUGAUCAUAUCCCGCUCGGUCCAAAUUGGUGUAGCAAUUAGGCAGAAGAGACUGGCCUAGCUUGUGCGCUCGACAAACCGGACAUGGAUCGUCGUUUGCGGUGCCGCGUUUGAGCGGCGAAGCGCUUUGGCGGUUCGUUGUAGUGAGGCAAACCUAGACGAACGUUACGAUUGCCAAUCGUUCGGGCUGCGAGUGUUCACUAGAGACGAGCUUGUAUAGGGGUGGAAUGGAGAAAAUUAUUCUUUCAGAGGCUUUACGGUUGUUUGCGGUUCGGAGGCGGGGUUCGAAACUACCCGCGUCAUUGUAAAUAACAUGUAAAUAAGGACAGCCUUUUUUUUUUUUUAUCGUCUUUUGAAUUGCCACGACGCCCUCAGAACUUGCGCACGCGCCCUGCAAGCUUUGGGGGUGGAAAUAGGAGGGUGGAGGACCGGUUUUUAAGCUUUUUGCGAUCCUCUUCUUUUCCAUCUCCGACGUUCGGUCGGAUGAAUUAAGGAUCGGGGCAAAGCAGAGGACACGCACACACUUCUGUUUUUGUGUUUUUGGAGAUGCUAGUCUCAGACGUUUAGGAGGGACCACGCUGACCCCGUCUUUUCAUUUUCGUUUGCGCGUCCGAUUUUCACGGAGGACACAGAAGAAAAGGUGCUAUGCUGUACAAACCACCCCUCCGCUCAUUAAAUCGCGAGUAAGUAAUACGGCGACGAAGGAAGGAACCAUUUUGUACAAAGUGUAAACUUGAGAGGAUCCUUUUUUUCUUUUGUUCUCGUUAACGCGAGGCACCCGCGACGCGAGGGCGUUGUAAAGAAAAAGAAAAGACCCAGAAAUAUCUUUAUGCCCUUGACUGUUUUGAGGCGGGGAAAACCCACACCCCGCCUCCGAUCUCUGUCACGUGCACAUAGUUACAAAGAAACGCGUGUCGAUGUGUGUUUGUACGUGUACAUCCGUCUACGGUGUUGGAGCCGGUCGACGAGGCACGACACGGGGCCCUUUACCCAGGUGUGCGCGUGGAAAGUUUCAAGUGUGGUUUAUAUGCAACCGAGAAAAGAAGCCUUGACAAGAAAACUAAAAAAGAGCUAUUUUUAAAAAGUGUGUUCUGAGGAACGAACGAACGUUGCCACGGUGUCGCUGCGCAAUCCAUAGCCCAAGAAAUAGCCCUCGUCGGGACCGCACGCGCCGCUAUGUAAGCGACUCGUUGGGAAAGCGCUUUGGCCGAAGAAGCUGUUUUUGGGGUCAGAUGCAAGUUUAGGGCGGCCCAAUUCGAAGCUUCAACGUCAUUCCGAGCACCCUCAAUGGGUGUUGGGAGAAACGUUGUCGCACGCUUCCACGUUUCGGAGGCGAGCGACGCCUCGCGUCGUUGCCUCGUCGACCGACUCGACGAACUGCCCGUGUUCUACAAUGUGCGAGUGUGAUUUCUCGUGAGCGAGAGACGUCGGCCUCGUCGUUUUUGAGGCCGCGCGGAAAGAGUCUGCGUAGCACCAGGACGAUGUAGUCGUUCCCACGAACAAAUCUCUGAAAACUUUGGACGCUACGACGACGCGUGCGCAUUUUGCCUGCGUCGUAAAUUGUUCCCUCCUACAUUUUAAUUAAACUAAACCUCGAAGUGUGAGCUUUUCUUUUUUUUUUUCAAUGACACUGUAGCAUUAGUUACAUCGUCCUGGCGAAACGCGACUCGUGCUUCAUUUUUCCUCCCUGUACAUUUCUCUCCACUCUUGUUUGAAGUCCGCCAUCUCCACGCACCUUCUUUCUUCCGCGGUUCUUUGACCUCGUGUUAUGCCGCACCAAAUUCAGUUUUCUCGCUCACCACGUCGGUACUUUUUUAACAUAACGGACAUUCUGUGCAUCUUCUCUACUCGAGCGUGUGACAUGUGUGCAAUGUGUUUCUGGUUUUAGAAUUUUUUUUUUUUUUCCUUUGUUGGCGCAGCAAUUUUGAACGGGGGUCGUAGGGCGCGACGAUCUUGAUGCGCAGGCGACGUAUGUGCGUCGGCCCGAACGUGGUGUUGCCCGGCGCGCCUCCGUAGCUUUUCUUUUGUCUGUCGCGGAACAAUCCCGCAAACCUUGCGGUGCGUGCUCAGAACACUCGCAGUGCCUUGCGAGACUGCGUUGCGUUGUGCGGACGACAGACCUUCCGUGUGGUGGCGCUCAACGCAAGGUGUCGCCUCUUGCCAAAGGCAAGGACUGUGCACCAGUGGACGUCUCCACUUCGCCGAUCGUCGUGAAGCGACCGGCCGCGUCGAAAACGCCGAGUCACUGCGGAACUGAACCGACUACCUCAGCUCGGCUGUGCGUCGACCUGCACGACGGCGGUCGUUGAAUUGUGCUGCGUCAUCCGCCGGUUCGGCUGCCUACUUUGUCGGCACUGCCUGGCUCGCCUGCUAACCGUCGGUGGCGGUUGUCUGCUGAUCGUCGGUGGCGGUCGUCUGCAACUGGAUAUCGCCGUCGACGGCCACAUCUUGAUGUGCGGCGCCGAUCGUCCAUCUUUCGUCGGCGCACGAAAGCGGGACUGGUUGACUUUGUAGAGCCGUCACCCAGUCCUUCAAUGAAGAAUCGCUCCGUUUGUUGGCUCUCCAUCGCCGCAGCGUCAUCGGCGGCGCCAACAAACCUGGCAUUUCAGUGUUGGCUCUGCUUUAACGUGCAAAGUGCCGCGACGCCUUUCGGUUGCAUGUCAGACAUGCGACGUCGUACAUUUUUUUUAUAGGGAGAAUGGGUCUGCGCGAUUGGCACCAAUCCUAGACAUCCUUUAUCUCUAGCAUCUCGGUAGGACAAGAGGAACAAAAAUCUAGGAAAUCCGAAGCUGUUUUCUCAAUCGAGCAUUAUUUUUUCUUGCAGUCCGUUAAGAGCUAGGUCUUGCGCAGGCUCAUUCUCUCAAUGGAAAGCGUCGUGGCACUUCAUCUCCGGGGAUAGGGAUCAAAGCUAGAUUUUGAAAACGAGGUAUGCUUUUCAGCUUUGAUAUCCUGGGCAUGCAUUGGAGAUAGCCCCUUUUCUGUUCAUCUUUCGUGUCUCUUUCAACAUAUUAGGCACCCCGCUCUUAUUAUUUUUUUUUUUUUUUUUUUUUUUUUUUUUGCUUGCAGUAAAAUAAGGGUGCUUUUCCUUUUUUUGACAAAGUGUAGGUGCUACAUUGCUACUCCGAUAGAAAACGAAAAUGACAAAAAAAAGAAACACCUAGAGGCGUAAACGACGCCUCCUAACCGAAGUUGUUUAGAAAACGUUUACUGACCGUCCCCACAUUGUUUUUAUUUUAUUUUUUUGUAAUUUUAUUUACAUUGCAUGUAGACUCUCAGGGGAAAGUCGGGGCAACACGGCUCGUCGUCCAAUCGCCGUUGAUGCCCCCCUUCCCGUCAAGUCUGAGAUUCACGCAGUUAUUUUCUUUGACUCUCCGAGACCAGUGAUAAGUUCCUCGUUUUUGUUUUUUUUCCCCCUUCUUUUUACCCUUGAUCGUGCCUGAGCGUCGAGAUGCGAGCCCCCCUGCAACGUCCCCGGUGCGCUACCGUGCGUGAAUUGUCUUUCUGCUUCUCGCUUUGGGUGCUUAGGCACUAAGAUGCCCUCCUUUUCGUUGUCUCUCGUUCAACUGUGCUUUCAAAGUCGGGGUUGGGCAAAUUCUCGUAUAGAUUGUCGUCGUCCCGUCGUCCUUUGAUCCCAAAGCCCUCAGUUGCCCCUGUGGCUUCUUUCUGCAUCGGAGCUUUUAGUUGCUGUCCCUUCCGUAAAGUAAUCCUCAAUAUCGGCCUCCAUUCGCUGGCUCAUUCAGCAGCCGAUGGAUUAUCACCUUUCUCUUCUUUUUUCCGUGUUUCUCAUCGUCCUAACCGGGACGGAGCUUGUCGCGCAAUCGACGUUCCAAAUAUUGUUCUCGCUUCCUUUGUUCGCUCGUUCGUUAAGCCUGCUUUUACCCUUCUCCCGCGACUUUUAAGGUUGUGUCGGGGGAUGGGAGGGGGAUCGAAGGAACGCCCGGGGUCAACGCGGUCACAUUUGUACGUUCCCUGACAUUAAGCCCCUCCCGUCACGGUUACGUGUAGUCAUGUGUUUGGUGUCACACAAGCGUUAUGUGCGACGGUUACCAGUGUGUGCCGUGCAAUUAAAAAAAAAAGAGCGUUCCAAAAGAAACAAAAAGAUUUUGCCACGUUUCGUUUUAAUUUUUUCUUUCCGAUAUGGAGGGGAGGGGGGAAGCUUCUAGGAAGAUUAAGUUCAAUUGGCCAUCGAAGUAACCGAGUUGGCGUCCCAGCUCCCCGCAAAUCAUUUCCAAAUCAAUGACAAGUACAAAUUCUCGUAUGUGUGUGCGAGUGCGUGCCUGCGUGAAUGUUUUUGCGUGUGUGUUCAUCUGUGGAAGAAAAAGUAACAAAAAAACAAGGAAAAGAUCUACAAAAAAAAGAGAGGCGCAGGAGAUCGUGCCAGUCCCAACGAAAAUCUGGGCGAAAACGGUACCUGCGACCGAGUGUUUCAUGUGAAUUAAGAAUGUGGAUCUCGCAUGUGCAUCUGGCAAUGUCUUGUGCUAGAGGGUUCGGAGAAGGUGACUCGUAUUAUUUUUUUUUUAAUCUUUUAGGAUUGGAUUUAACUUUUCGAUAAAUCGAAUUCUGUUCUGUGUAUUUGUGCGAGUCCGUCGUCAACUGCCAAGUCAAUCAGUGUCUGGUUUCCCAAACGAUUACGGUCAUCUUUCCAGACGAAGAUUGGUCUACAAAUUGCGCGGUUCAUUGACCGGAGUACCACUUGUUUCUCAAAUUCUUGAUUGUCCAUUUUUUUUUUCUCUCUCAGUUAGCCUGUCUGGGUGCCAAUUCAAAUUGAGUAUACUAUAGUAUUUUACAGCAUAUUUUUAAGUGUUUUUAGUCAACUGUUUUUUCAGAAAUUUUUAAGAUCUAAACUUUGCGUCGUCUCCUUAAUUGGCAAUCCACAUUGAAUCGUUGCGAGCAAAGCAGCCGCAAUCACAAAAAGAAGAGGUUCUAGGAACCUGUGAUUCGGUACUGAAAUCAAACAAAAGAUGCAAAUUUUGAAUAAAAAUGUUUUAUUGGCUAUAA